UGGGUCUGUGUGAUCACAGAAUAAGGCAUGGAAACAGCAAAAAGCACCACCAGAGUUCCAGCUGUCUGAAAGCAGAGAUAUCUGAGAUCAGGCUGACAUCAGGUGCUGGUAAAAUUAAGACAGAAGGUAGCUUCAUUUCAGACAACUUCUGAAGCCCUGAGUGUUUUUGUAAUCUGAGUUAAUUCAGCUGGAGGGAAUUUUCUCUUAAACCAAUACAGAAUUUUGAGUAGACUUUUUCUUCAUGCAAAAGCAAGGCACACCCUCAGCAUGGUUUUAAACACAGCUUGAAAAGAUGACAACAAUAUUUAAGGCUGACAAAUGACCCUGAGCUGGGGGAGGAAGAGUGGAAGUGGACAGAGUAAACAGAUCAGCCAUCACGCUGUGAUUGGGUUAAAUUUGAGUUUAGGCAAAAUACCCCUGGCUCUUGUUUUCCCCAGUGCAAUGGGAUGCCAGAAAAUGGUAUCAUGAUAAUACAGCCCUUUCUAAAAAAGGCCACGGAGCCAGACUGCUGACCAUAUUUAGCUCUACUAAGUUGCAAUUGGCACCAGCAAGCCUUGGUUGUCACCCACUGACAUUUUGUUCAGCCCUAAAAAUGAAAACAGUUGCCUGCAAUGUUUCAAGCCAUGAGAGUCACUGGGGACUCACAGACGGGGAAGAGAAAGAUAAGGCAAAGUAUCAAGUUCAUAAUGAUUUAGGAUCUCAAGGCCGCCACAGCCAAAAGCGUUGUUCUGUGUUUCUGAGGCGGUGAGAGGUGGCAGCAAACAGCAGCAGGGUCACAAGGGAUGUCUGCAGCCAGACGGGGUGAGCACCCACCAGGGAGAAGCAGGUCCUGCCCUAUCUGAGCCCCUGAACCUCACUGGAAUCAUCAGUUUGAAGUGCUCACCAUGGAAGUCACCAUGAAGUGCCGUGAUGGGUCUGUGCCUGCAGUAAAACAUGACUGCUCUCCUUUGCUCCUUUGCUUCCCCAGGUUUGGCUGAGGAAGGUGGUGCUGGGAGCUGUACCAAGGCUUACUCUUGGUGGCUGGUGGGACCUUUUCACUGUGCAGUGGAGGGGUUGAAUCUUGGGAGUCUCCUGGGGGUCCCCAGGAGGAGGGCAGGCACCUUUGCCCAGCUGCUCAAGUCUGGGCCAUUCCCACUCUCCUCUCCUUAUGUCCACCCUGCCUGGACAGAUCAGAAAAACACCACUGCUGUCUGUGCCAGCUGCUGUGUCCAGUGACAAUGGGAAUGGGGUGACAAUUCCAACUGUAUAAACCACAAACUGGUGUGGGCACCAAGGGGAGUUAAUUUGUAAAGGGCAAACCUCCAUCAGAAAGCAGCAGGGAGCUGAUGCAGGGCUGGGGAAGGGGUUCAAUCUUUUCCUCUCAUGCAGGGGCCAUGGAGUACUAUCGGUUCUGCCUCUCCACAUGCCUGUGAAGUAUCACUCCAGGAGUGACAGAGUUAACAAAUACAGUGGAAGAGACAGCUCUGUAAGCUGAGCUACAUGGUCACAUGCACGGGUUUUAUUUUUAACAUCCCAAAACUACUUGAUGUUUCUGCCUGGGCUUGCUCCGUGUCCUUCUGUUCUCUUCCCUUUCUUUGUGUGCAGGUCUCCCUCACCCACCUCACUUCAGCCCAGCUGAGCACAACCAGGAGAGAAGUGUUUAGUACGUGCACAGGGACUCUAUGAUCAAGCACCGGGCCCAGAAAGCUCCCCCUGGGCAACACAGGCACUGUGAGCGAUGUUUCAGCCGGCACUGCCGCGCGCCCAUUGAGAUCUCCGUGUCCUGCAUGGUGAUCAGCUGCCACCUCCACUGCGGGGCCACCUUCCACAUGUGCAAGGAGGAGGAGCACAAAUUGCUCUGCCCCUUGGAGCAGGUGUCCUGCCUCAACUCAGCCUAUGGCUGCCCUUUCUCCAUGGCCCGCUUUAAGCUGGGGAAGCACCUCCAGGUCUGCCCAGCCAGUGUUGUCUGCUGCUCCAUGGAGUGGAACCGCUGGCCAAACGUGGAUUCAGACACAACGCUGCACAAGAAUAUUAUGAAAGAGACCUUGAAUGAAGACUGUCUGGACACAGCUUUGGCACUCAGAGACCAGAAGAUACUUUUCAGGGCUUUGAAAAUAGCUGAAUUAUUUCCAGAGUGGAGGAAAAAGGAUGAACUGGAAGAACUAAUGGAUCAAGCCAUGGGUGGGGAAGCAGGUGCUGUGGGAGGAGCUGCCUGUGGUUCCCAAGAGGGCAAUGACCAGUCUGAGCUCAGCCAACGUGAGCGGGAAGAUUUAGCAAAGGACAAAGAGGGAAUGGAUCUGGGGAGUUACAAAACGUGGGAGAACAUUUUCAGCAAAGAGCUUCUGGCUUGCCAGGUAACAGGCUCAGCAGCCAGCACAGGACAAAAGACAGAGGAGGCUUCCAAGAAAACAGCAUCAGCCUCUCGUACUGCCAGCUCCACAGAGAAGGCAAAGGAAGGACCUGAUGGUGCAGAAGAGGGAAAGGGCCAAAAGUCUGAACAAGUAACACCGAGUAGAGAACUGAAUGGACUGGCUCCCUGGCAAGAAGGAGUCCUGGAGAGGCUGAAGAAGGAAGUCGGUGUAGCAGAUUACAACAUGUAUCUGGUACAUCACGGGGGAAUGCUCAUCCGCUUUGGCCAGAUGGCUGCUUGCACGCCCAGAGAAAAGGACUUUGUCUAUGGGAACUUGGAAGCCCAGGAGGUGAAGACUGUCUACACCUUCAAAGUGCCAGUUAGUUACUGUGGCAAAAGAGCACGACUAGGAGAUGCACUGGGCCACAAGAUGCCGACUUCAGACAAGUCAGUGGAUACCUCAGAACUGGGAAUAAACAUAGAAGAACUACCUAAGACAAAUAUAGUUGAAGCCACACUGCUGUGUGCUCUGGAAAAAGAGCUGAAAGGUCAUGAGAUCUCUGAAGCAAGAGGUAUCGACGGACUCUUUGUGGAUUUUGCAACACAGACAUACAGCUUUCCUUUGGAGCCCUUCUCCUCCAGCGCAGUUCUAGCAGAUAUUCUGGAUGAAAACAGCCCACCAGAACUGCACAUGGAACUCUACACUGAAUGUGUAACCAGAAGGCAUAACAAAAGCAGUUCAGCUUUCACGUUCACUUGCAGUCAUUUCUUUAGGAGGGAUGAGUUCCCAUUCCACUUCAAGAAUGUGCAUGCUGAUAUUCAGUCAUGCCUGGAUGGAUGGUUCCAGCAUCGCUGCCCACUGGCCUACUUGGGAUGUCCUUUUGUCCAAAAUCACUUCCGCCCUGAGGGACUUAAGGCCAAGGUUAUUUACAGCAAGCCUCUCAAGACAUUUGCUAUUAAGCCAGAGGUGGACACCCUUCUUGCUGAACCGGGCAAGUGCAAUUCCAUAGUGGAUAGUCGAGGGAGAAACAGGGACUUGCUGAGCAGCCUCCCAGUGGAAGUGCUCAAGUACAUUGCAGGAUUCCUGGACAGCUUCAGUUUAUCUCAGCUAUCACAAGUGUCAGUGCUCAUGAGGGACAUCUGUGCCACUCUUCUUCAAGAGAGGGGAAUGGUCCUGCUGGUCUGGGAGAAAAAAAGAUAUUCCCAUGGUGGUACUUCUUGGAGAGCUCGCAAAAAGAUCUGGCAGUUCAGCAGCCUGUUCUCCAGAGUUCACAACUGGCAGCGCAGCGACGUCCCGAGCAUGUCAGAGCACCUGAGGAAUUGUCCCUUCUACCAGGCAGAGCACAGGACAGACCCCGUGCUGCUGACGGGCAUGAGCGAAUCUUGGGAGCAGACUCAAAAGACUUUGGUCUCUACUUUCAAGCACAGAGUUUGAACAACUUGCUUCCCCUCUGACAUGCUCCCUUCAGGGCUCUGAGAUGAAGAUUUGGGGAUUCAGGUGUAAAGAUUGUUGCUUCCAACUCUCCUUUGGACGUACAAAAUUGGCUUCUCCCCAAUUGUGUUUAAAACUUGUGCAUUUUUUUCCCCGCAUUAAAUUGUUAAAGCUUCAA